UUCAUCUUUGGGAUGGUUGAGAACGGGGCGCGAGGGAUCGGUGCUGCCAGGGAUGUCCGAGUUCAGCGGCAUGGACCAUUUGAGGACACAGCGGUGGACGACCCACAGUCCUAUGGGAUCGAUUGGGAAACUCUUGAUGAUCCCAUGCUCAUGGCGCACCAUCUGGACAACAACCCGGACGAGUGGGAGUCAACUAAUCCUUUCUCUGCAGGUUCCAAUCGUCCUAACGAGUUGUCAGUUGUGGAAUGUGAGGCUCCGAACUGUCCCUUCUCUCAAGCAGAGAUAGCAGCCUUGGAUGCUGAACUAGCCCUACGUGUAGAUAACAUGUCCCGUGAGAUGAAUGUACGGCGUUUGCUUUGGGUAGAGGCACUUAGGAUAUGCCAACAGUUGUACACUAAU